AUGGCCUCCGUCUCCGAGCUCACUUGCACCUACUCCGCCCUUAGCCUGCAAGACCAGGUGACUGCGGCAGAGGAUAAGAUCAAUACCCUCAUUAAAGCGGCUGGUGUCAAUGUCGAACCUUUUCUGCCAGGCUUGCUUGCGGAGGCCCUGGCCAAUGUCAACAUCGGGAGCCUCAUCUGCAAUGUAAGGGCUCACACUGCACCUGCAGGUGGCCCUGCGCCCUCCACCGCUGCAGCACCAGCUGAGGAGAAGAAGGUGGAAGCAAAGAAAGAAGAAUCAGAGGAAUCUGAGGACGACAUGGGCUUUGGGCUUUUCAACUAA